UGCGUAAGAUAAGGUUCGAAAUGGCAUGAAAUGGCACUUUGUUAUCAGACAUCUGUACCCGUUUGAUAAUACACGACUAAGUGGACCUCUUGCGUUUGCACUACUUCUGUUUCGUUAACGUAACGUUCUGUAGUAAAAUGAGGAACGCCGAUCGUGUGAACGUAAAAGUGCACCAAGGUACGGUAUGCGGUGUGCGGGAAACGCUUCCGAAUGGCAACGGGUUUUGUGCGUUCCGUGGCAUCCCUUAUGCCAAACCUCCGGUUGGCGAGUUGCGCUUCAAAGCGCCACAACCAUUGGAACGGUUCCCCCAGCCGGUGCUGGAUUGCAGCGUCGAGAGGGACGUGUGUUUCAGUAGAAACAUGUUCACCCAGGAACUGGAGGGAUCGGAAGACUGUCUCCAUCUGAACGUGUACACGCCAGCCGUAGAGCGUGGAGGUACUCCUUUGCCCGUGAUGGUAUUCAUUCACGGUGGUGCCUUCCUGUUCGGCAGUGGCAACAGUGACUGCUAUUCUCCUGAGUAUCUGCUGCAGGAGGACGUGGUUGUGGUCACGCUGAACUAUCGCCUCGGUUCGCUAGGCUUUCUGCACCUACCCAGUCAGGGUGUCGAAGGAAACGCCGGGCUGAAGGAUCAGCUGAUGGUGUUGAAGUGGGUCAAACAAAAUAUAACCAACUUCAACGGUGAUCCGAACAAUGUGACGCUUUUCGGUGAAAGUGCCGGUGCGGCUUCCGUCCAUUUGCACCUUCUUUCACCGGUCUCGCAGCCUUACUUCCACAGGGUUAUCUGUCAGAGUGGUUUGUCGGUAAUGGAGUGGGCCAUGCAGCUUGAUUCUGUAGAACGGACACGCCACUUGGCGAUACUGAUCAAUCCGGACGCCAAAACCGACGAGCAAGUUUACCGAACGCUCAUGGAUGCGAGUCACGUCGAGCUGAUGGGACUGAUGGUGAAUACACUUUCGGCGGAUGAAAAGCGUCGCGGGUUGCCGAUGCCCUUCAAGCCGGUUGUGGAGGAAAGCGUGGGUCCUGAUACGGUAGUUCCGGUGCAUCCGUUUCACGCCAUGCAGCAACCGAACUGUAUUCCCUCGAUACCGAUCAUUUUCGGUAACAAUAGCGGCGAGGGCAUCAUUAUGAUGCUGGAUGCGGGGAAAAAGCUGGACCUCUAUGACAACGAUAUGGCCCGGAUGAUCCCCCGAACGGUGAACGUGGCACCGGAGAGUGCGGCCAGCGAGCGGCUGGGCGGCGAAGUCAAACAGUUUUACUUUGGUUCGGCCGGUGUUACGCAGGAGAGUGCUCACAAGUUGGCCGAUCUGAUGACCGACUACCACUUCGAUAUUCUGGGCAACACGUGCGCGGAACUGCACGCCCGCCAUCAGCACAGUUCGCCAAUGUUUUACUACAACUUCACGUACGACGGUGAGCUGAACAUGUACAAGCGAUUGCUUCAGUUGACCUACCCUGGCGCAUGCCACGCGGACGAGUUGUCGUAUCUAUUUCUAAUGAGGCUAGCCAAUUAUGACGUUAAUCCAGAAACGGAGGCAGGACAGGUUCGUCGGAAUAUGUGUCGAAUGUGGACAAAUUUUGCCAAACACGGACAUCCAACGCCACCGAACAACCAGAGCCUGCCGUACCGGUGGGAACCGGUGAAUAAAAUACCUCCGAAUGCCUCGAGUGAUUCAUUCCAGUUGCAGUGCUUGGACAUCAACGCGGAGCCAAAAAUGAUACUGAAUCCAAAUGGCGAACGGAUUCAAUUUUGGCGGAACGUUUACAGGCAGUGGAAUGAUAACUUUUUGAAAGUAAAGUUGUAAAACAACGUAACGCAUUGGAAAUGGACGCAUUUGGAACUGCUGGGUGUUGGGAGAAAAACGGGAGGCAACGUGGGGAAACAUUUUUACGAAAUAACUAAGCAAUUAUGUGCAAUAU